UGUCCGAGUUCUCUCCCUUACAUACGGGCAUUGUUGUAUCCAGAGCAAUACGAAAACAAAUGUCGGUCUUGUAAACAUUUGAAAUUAAAUUUCAGCAACACUACAAUCAUGAGUCGAGGCAGUAAUCGCGAUAAUAACAGCAUUUUGAGCGAGCUAGAAUGGGACGAGGGACUGAGUAUGCCAGUCGCCAACGCCGAAAACAAGGCGUUGGAAGACGAGGUGCAAAAGAAGCAAAGAAAUGUUGUGAAAGUCAAGGGAGAUUUGGAGGAAUAUGAGGACAGAAUACAUGCUAUGUCGGAACAUUUGAAGAAUGUGAGACAGGAACUGCAACACACUCAGGGUCUUGUGGGCGCCCGUAAGAAGGAGGUGGAGACGGAGAGUCACCUGCUCACGAUAGCCGAGAGGGAGGAGGGCAGACUCAAACAGGAGAUCAAGAAACUUGAGAAGGACAUUGAGGAGCUCAAGGAGAGGAAAAAUGUGUUUGAGAACAACAUCUUCAAGCAGACCCAGAAGCUGGAGGAGAUGAAGUCCCAGAUGAACUGGGACCAGCAGGCCCUAGAGGCAUGGCUGGAGGAGUCUGCAAGGAAGGACGAGGACUCCAUGGCCAUACAGAAGUACUCACGACAUGAUGAGAGCAAGAUCAAGGAACUGUCACUGCGUAUGGAACGUCUUACUGAUGACUCAGCAAAGAAACGACGCCAGCUCGACCAUGAAACCACUGAAACUUUAACUGCUCAGAUUGAGCUGGACAAGACAGCGGAGGAUUUCCGCAAAGCUCACCAGGAGAGACAGGAGCUGAUCAGGCAGUGGGAGAACACGAUAGAGCAGAUGCAGCGCAGGGAUAAAGAGAUGGACCUCCUGGCUGCUCAACUGGCGCGUGUGAAGGCAGAAGUACGGAAGCGAGAGGAGACGAUCAAGGAGAAGCAGCAGUUCCUUGACAACGAGAUAGAAAACAACGCGGAGCAGGAGAAGCGAAUCUCCAUCGCUGAGCGCACCGCGGCCCGGAUACGCUCCGACUACCAGGAGGCGGAGACUCAGCGGGUGCAGUUCCACGAUGAGUUGGAUGCCCUCAAGCGUACAGUGGACCGCACUGUGACAGAUUUGGAGAGUACGAGGUCACAGGUCACCCAACUGAAGAAAGAGGUCCAGGACAAGGAAAAUAGGUUAAGACAGGCAAAGGACCUGCGUGAGACAUUGAUUGAGAAACUGAAGAUCGCGACAGAGUCCAACCUGAGCGCGGAGGAACGGGCUGCGCGCAUGGACGAGAUGCUGGAGGACGAGGACAAACGUCAAAGAGAGAUUGAUCAGGAUCUCAAGUACCUGCGAGAUCUGCAGUUCAAGAAGAUGCAGGAGCUCCAUGAGGCGAAGAUGAAGGAGAGGAACAACGAGGCGGAGAUUCAGGGCAGCCAGGCAGCCGUGAGAAAUUUGAACAGCAAGAUUGGCAAACUGGACACUGACUCUCUCAAACAACAGGAGAUCAUCUAUAAUCAGGAUUUCGCAAUCCAGCAGCUGGAGCGUCGUAUCAACCGCAUGCAGGGCGAGCGCAGCAACGAGGAGAAAGUUCACCUGGAGGAGAAGAUAAAGGACCUCACCAAUGAGCUCGAGGCUAAGAACAACACUCACACGCUACUAACACUGCAGCUCAAGAGGCUACAGGAUGACAUCCGUCGCGUCAGCCGAGAGCUUGAAAAGAGCGGCAGUGAGAAAACUGACCUGACGAGCAAGAUUGAGGAGCUGAACCUCUACAACGACAGCUCAGAAAGGGAGCUCAAGAAGAUCAUCUACGGCAAACAGGACCUCAUGGUGGAUCAAAACAUCCUGAAGCUGGAGCUGAAACGUCUGCGUGACAUGCUUAAUGAGCGCGCCGACGAGGUGUUUGACCUGGAGAAGCGCAGGCUGCAGUUGGAAACCGCUAUGAAAGAGCGCCACCAGGAGAUCAACAUUCAUAAGGAGAUGCUGAAUGCCCAGGUGCGCGCAGUGAAUGAGGAGAGACAGCAAAUCUCUGCUGAACUGCACGAGAGAAUCUCCAAGAUUGACAAGCUCAGAAAACGCUAUGAGAUUCUAAUGGUCUCCAUGGCGCCGCCAGAGGGUGAGGAGGAACGCUCUCAAGCCUACUAUGUCAUCAAGGCUGCCCAAGAGAAGGAGGAGCUGCAACGUGAGGGGGAUGACCUUGACGCACGCAUCCGUAAGGCCGAGAAGGAGAUUCGCGCACUCGAGAACACGCUGAAACUCAUGAACAACCGCAAUGAGACCUACCGCAAGAGCUUCAAUAAAGUCAGCGAUGCAAGUGAUGAGAUGGAGGAGAAGCAGCAGCUGGAUGAGCAGAUGAGGGCGGUGAUGGACAAGUACAAGUACAAGCGGCGGCAGAUACGGGAGCUCCAGGAGGACCUACAGACCAUGAGCAACACCCUGGACAACCUGAACAGGGACCAGGACGCCUACGUCGAUAUGGUCGAGGAGAAAAAAAACAAGAUACUCCAGCUGCAGAAAGAACUGGAUGACCAGAGGGCCAAGUUAGAGCGUGUCAACAAGCAGAAUGUACGUUAUGCGAAAGAGUUGAGGUCUGCAAAGAAGAGCAAAGGAGAAACACCAGAAGAGAAAGACUUCUCAGUGCGUGAACUGCGCGAGUUCAACAAGGGCGUGAUGCAGCAGAUAGGGGAGGCUACUCAGGUGCACCCGGACCUUGCCGAGGCCGUCACCAUGUAUUUCGCUCAGGCUAAUCUCCCAAGUCUUACUGGUGGUCGGCAGCCUGGCAGCGCCCGUAGUAGCCUGUCGUCAGUGCGCAGCAGUCCAUCCAGCGUCAAGUCUCCCACAGGAAGUGCCCUGGGCCGUGCACAGAUCGGCGCAGACUUUGGAGGUGCCCAGUCGCCAGGCAGUUCUCGGAGCUCGAGCUCACUGAGCAGUGUGAAGAGUGUGCGCAGUGGAGCCAGUGGAAGGAGAUAAUGAUUGGCAGGGAAACAAGCCUCGUUCUGGGAAACUGGGCUUAAUGCAUGCAUGUAUUGUAUUGUCUGCACAGGCUAAUCUGUGACAACACUUUAUGCCUAAAUUGAAGUUUUGUUUCGAAGAGACUUCCUUUGAAAGUAAAAUUCCAUGAGAGCGGAAAGUGUUGUUACUGAUAAGCCUGUGCAGACUGCACAGGCUAAUCUUUGAUGAUGCUUUAUGCUCUUGCAUUAAGCCCAGUUUUCCCAGAUCGCUGCACAAAUUGGAAAUAAAUGGAGAGAAAUCAAUCUUAAGAAAUAAUUGUUAGGAAAAAGAAUGGUUUUCUACUUGAAACUAUUUGUGUUUGUGUAGAUUCAAAGUAAAUUUGACAAAAUAGGAAACUUUCAUCUUUAAUGUAUUUUGUUUAUGCCCAUCUACCAGUUUGUAUACAGAAACUACAAAGAAAAGUUAUUAUGCUUUAAGAACAUUUUCUUAGAAAAAUAUUACAUAUUUAAUGUAAUUUGUCAAUGUUAUUACUGUUUGUAUAAUGUUUAUGCUUCAUGUUUAGUUGUAUAUUGAAAAUGUUUUAAGAUAUAUUUAUUGUGAUCUUGUUUGGUCUUGUAUUUCCGUUGAAUGAAUUCAUGGAUGAAUAAUUGUUUAAAGGUGUACAAGGCAUAUCACUGUGUUAUACAUUUUCAACUGUGAUAUUUUCAUUGUAUAAGAAUUUGAACCAUUUUCUUGAAAUGGAAUACUAGUAUUGUAUGUUUAUUGUGAUGUAUUUAAUUCUUGAAUAAAGAUUACUGCCACUUU